AUGAGAAGCAAAGCCAUCUUGCUGUGCUUAGCACUACUUCUUGAAGGAUGCUUCAUGGUGUCAGGACUGCCAUGGGAGAGACUAAUAAUUGCAAGGGGGUGUAUGUGUCAACGAGAAACCAGUCACUUUAUUUCUCCUCAGUUGUAUCAAAGGAUUCAAAUCAUUCCUCAAGGAGGACGCUGCCAAAGAAAAGAGAUCAUCAUUCAUCUGAGGAACAAGAAUGUCAUUUGUUUGAAACCAGAUACUCGCUGGGUUGAAAUGAUGAUUUUUCACAUACAAAAACGGCAAAGACUGGCAAAUGAAAAUGGCUCAAAUGCAUCAGGAAGAAGAUCCCUAUAAUAUCACCAUGGUACUGAAUUUCUGCCUCUUCUGACAUAUUGAACUGCACGUCUGUGCAUUUAUUAAUUUACGUUUUAUUUUAUAUUCAAUCAUGUCCAAGUGAUAUGUAUUAUUACACAAAAAACUAAUCGAUCAUGCUCCAUCUAUUACUAACAAAUAAAAACGUCUAGCAUCAUUUAAUUCUGGAUGGAAAUUUGAAAUGUUUUCUUCAUUGUAGAGGUCAGUUCAUGCUUC